AUGGAGAGGUGCCGGGCGCUGGCGCUCUGCGCCGUGGCGGCCGCGCUGCUGCUGAGCGCCCGCGGGCAGGGGCCGCCCCCUCCGCGCCGCGACCGCGACCUCGGGCCGCCCGGCGGCGGCGGCGCGUCCCGGGAGAAGGAGCUGAUCGAGGCGCUGCAGGAGGUGCUGGAGAAGCUGAAGAGCAAGCGGGUGCCGCACUACGAGAAGAAGUUCGGGCAGGUGCCGAUGUGCGACGCCGGGGAGCAGUGCGCCGUGCGGAAAGGGGCCCGCAUCGGGAAGCUCUGCGACUGCCCGCGGGGCACCUCGUGCAACUCCUUCCUCCUCAAGUGCCUGUGAGCGGCGGCAUCGGCGCGGGGCAGCGUCCGCCCGCCCGACGCCGCCCAGACAUCCGACACCCGUGGAGCCGUUCUCCAUCCUGCCCUCUCCCCGGCCCUCCUCCCUCCUUUGGUUUUCGUCCGUCCAGGAAAAGCCCGGCCCGCGCCUCCCCGGGACGCCCGUCCGGGUUCCCCGAGGGAUGCGGGGCGGUGGGAGCAGCGCUGCGCCCGGCGCUCCCCGGUC